AUGUCAAGAGGAUCGAUAUCACACAGCUACGAAUACAUUGCAGCAUGUUCUCAAAUACCCACUUUGCCAAGUCGGUUUUCAUUAACAGUACGACAGCAACCUGUUCAAACUCGUCAAAGCACUACCAACGAACGAGAUCGUCGACCGGUAGAUCCACCACCCAUUGUACAAAUCAAGCUGGAGGAUGCCAUUCCUCAAGAAAUACAAGAUUUCCUGCAGAAUCCUUACUUUUUCAUGUGUGCCAGCUUGGCACAUCCGGUACGAGAUGAGCCGGUGCAUGAAGUGAAUGGUGUUUCUGGGCAAGCUGUUUCAUCCAUGUAUAAGCUAAAAGAUUAUGACAAUCACGAUGGUGGAUUCUUUGUUUUUGGCGACUUGUCCAUUCGCAUGGAAGGACAAUAUCGCAUCAAAUUCACUUUAUUUGAGAUCACCUUACAAGGCGCAGUAAGCCUUAAAUCAAUCUACUCUGAUGUGUUCUCGGUAUACUCUUCAAAGACCUUUCCGGGAAUGUUGGAAUCCACGUUCUUGUCUCGCUCGUUUUCAGACCAAGGGGUACGACUACGGAUUCGAAAAGAACAUCGUGUGCAAAUGAACGGUUCUCGUAAACGCAAGGCAUCCAUAGCACAUGAUGAUGAUUCACCUACAGAAUUAACAUCGUCAUCAUCAAUGUCCUCCACAGCAAGCUGGUAUUGGCCAACAGCACAGCAACAACAACAACAGCAACAGCAGCAACAGCAGCUAAAACAACAACAUGCAUAUCCACAUGCCAAUAAGGCUAGUCGUCGGCUUAGCAUGGAUUUGCCGUGGCCAGCAUCAUCACAACCAGCUCGACGUUCAUGGUCAUUUUCAGUACAACGUGAUGAACCUGUACGUUUACCACCUAUUCGGAACAUCAUGUCACCACCUCCACCAUCAACUACAACCCCACAGCCAUCCAUAGCAACACCAACACAACCGCCUCCUCCUCCUAUACAACAACAACAACCGCCACAACCUAUGCAUCCAACAGCUGUGGCGAAUGGAACACCCUCGGCAAAUGGUGCCGGUGAUAUUAUCGAGGUGGAUGCAGCUGUAGCCAUGAUGCAACUUGCCUCUCCACAACAUUCUAUGGUGCAUUUAUCAUCCACCACACCUCAUCAUCAUCACCAUCAUCAGCGGAUUCAAAAGCAUUCAGCUGUAUGGUGA